AUGGGUUAUUGGAGAAUUCGUUUUUCAGACACUGAAUUGGGGAUUGAACUGUUAAUCAGCAAAAGCUGUACGACAUCAGGUGAUAAUGCUUUUAAAGUUGUUGAGGUCGGCCCUCGAGACGGACUGCAAAAUGAAAAGUACAUCUUUUACCAUUUCCAAACUGUUGGUUAUAAGCGGUUAAACUGUGAAGAUCAAUUUCACGUCUCCGCCUUCCAGAAAAUCCUGGCAAUUGAGGACAAGCUCAAGUUUAUUGAAAAGCUUGGAUUUUGUGGAUUAAAGACGAUUGAAGUAACCAGUUAUGUCUCACCAAAAAAAGUACCUCAGAUGGCAGAUCAUGCACAGUUAAUUGCUGCACUCCAAAAACAACCUGGUAUAUCAUAUCCCGUACUUGUUCCUAAUAAAAAAGGUUUAGAGAAAGUUGUCAAUUCUGGCUUAGUAAGGGACGUUGCAGUAUUUUGUGCUGCUUCUGAUACGUUUUCAAGGAAAAACGUCAAUAAAUCAAUGGAAAAAAGCCUAGAAGAAGCGUCCAGUGUAGCCCGGGCAGCCGUAGAAGCAAAAAUGACUGUUAGAGGUUACGUUUCUUGUGUCGUUCACUGUGCCUACGAGGGAAAAAUUAGACCUGGGAUUGUUGCAAGACUAGUGGAGAAACUCUUGGAUGCCGGUUGUUAUGAAAUUAGCCUUGGAGACACUACGGGUGCUGGAGGUCCAAGAAGUAUUCAAGAAUUACUAGACACAUUAAUUAUGUCUGGAGUGCCAACAACUAAGUUGGCGGUACAUUUCCAUAACACUUACGGCCAAGCGCUAGCCAAUAUUCUGGUAGCCAUCGAGAAAGGCAUUAGGACAGCAGAUAGCAGCAUUGCUGGACUUGGAGGCUGCCCUUACAGUAAAAAUGCUACCGGAAAUGUAGCAACUGAAGACUUGGUUUACAUGCUGCAGGACCUGGGUUUUGAAACGGGGAUUAAGCUGGAUGAUUUAUAUGACGUUGGCCAAUGGAUAUGUGGAAAAUUGGGUCGUUUUAAUGAUUCGAAAGUUGCUGCUGCUCACUUUGCACGGGCUGAAAAUCGUGACUUUGUAACUUAA